ACAAUGAUUCCGAAAACAAAGAUUCCGAAAACAAUGAUUCUGAAGACAAUGAUUCCGAAAACAAUGAUUCUGAAAACAAUGAUUCUGAAAAUAACAGUGAUUCCGAAAAUAGUUCUUAUUCAACAAGCAAUCAGUCAAUAGAACCAGAACUCAUGGGUAUUCUAAUGAAAAAUGUGCAG